AUGGAAUUGAGUUCAAAUUUCAACACGGCCUGUAACUGUUGCUUUGGGAACUUCUCCUCCUCCUCCCAUAAGCACUUCCUGCCCUCCUCAGGUUCCACCUACCAGCUGGAAUCAUUUCUGCACAGGGGCUAUCAGGAGACCUGUAUUGAGCCCACCAGCUGCCAGAGGUCCUAUGUGGGGUCCAGCUAUGGCCAGAUACCCUGCUACUAUCCCAGGAGCUGCUUUCUUAGCAGUCUCUGCCAUUCAACCUAUGCUGAUCUCUGGAUUUGUGAAUCAGCAGCUGCUACUUGCAGGCCUAUGUAUCUAGAAGCUGCUAUUCAGCAUAUCAUGUGGCUUCAGGUCUCUGAAGUAUGGAGUCUCUACCUUCCUUUCCCUUAA